AUGGCUUUGAGAACACUGCUCACUUUCUGCAUUAUCCUUACCUGUUCGAUGGCGCAAUUCAACACCCAGUACGAUGUUCUAAUCAUCGGCGGAGGGCCAUCCGGGCUCAGUGCUGCCAGCGGUCUAGCUCGUGUUCUAAGAAAAAUAGCGCUCUUCGACUCCGGGGAAUACCGCAACAAGCCAACUAGGCACAUGCACGAUGUUAUUGGGAGUGAUCAUGUUGACCCUGCGGAAUUCCGCGCCGCUGCCCGUGCCCAAAUAUCUUUCUACAAUGUUACCACAUUCAUUGACACCAAGGUCGUCUCUAUCAACGCCACUGGAACUGCCAAUCGGACCACUUCCUUCACCGCAACCCUUGCUAACGGAACCACCUACACCGGCCGCAAGGUAAUUCUUGGCAGCGGCGUCAAAGACGCUCUACCAGACCAAGUUCCCGGACUCCGCGAGGCCUUCGGCAAGGGCCUCUACUGGUGUCCGUGGUGCGACGGCUUUGAGCAUCGCGACCAGCCCGUUGGGGUUAUUGGGAAUUUCUCCGACUCGUACGACAGCGUGCGUGAGCUAUACCCGACGCUAAAUCGCCAGAUUAGGGUCCUUUCAAACGGCACUGCAAAUGAUACAGCGCAGCUCGAGCGGAUUGACAAGAAGGAUUCGAACUGGAGGGCUGUUUUUGAGGCAUACAAUGUUACAAUCAACGAUAGGACUAUCCAGAACAUCACGAGAGUACAAGACGGUGGUGAGGUUCAGGAGGAAGUGAUUCGAAAGGAACUCGAUAUCUUCAGGGUGUACAUGGACGAUGGCACUUUCGAAGAGUGUGGAGCAAUUAUGGCAAAUUAUGGUACUUAUCAGGCGUCUACACUCCCCGCUCAGAUGGGUUUGAGGAUACUGGGUGGUAAGAUCGAUACAACAGCGCCUGGACUGAGAACCAGCAUGAAAGGCGUUUGGGGGGUUGGCGACGCGAAUAGCGACAACAGUACUAAUGUGCCUCAUGCUAUGGCGAGCGGGAAGAGGGCGGCUGUUUACUGUCAUGUCGAGAUGGCAAGGGAAGAGUUAGCACUGAUUACAUCUAACUCGACGAAGAGGAGAGCAGUGCCUGAGGAGCUGGUUGUUGACCGAGAGAUGGGUACUGUUAUUGGGGAUAUCUACGAUGCGCUCCGCAUGAAGUAG